CCCCAUUGAUAAUCACAAGCUCUUUCUGGAGAAGAAAAUCACAAUCUCUCAUCCCCACAGAAAACAAAAAUCAUAAUCUUGCAAAUUCCCAAGAUUAAUUAUGUCUCUUAGAGCAAGAACAGCAACUACAUCCACCAAGCAAGAGGCAGCAACAACAACAACAGCAAGUUCAAUCUCCAAUGAAGACCAUGAAAGUGAAACCCCAAAAUCCCCACAAAAAUCUCCUACUCUUUCACAAAGAGCAAUCUCACAAACCCUAACAACCACAGCAAACUUAGCCAAUCUUCUUCCCACAGGAACCCUUUUAGCCUUUCAGCUUCUAACACCAAUCUUCACCAACAAUGGUGCUUGUGAUUCUGCUACACGCCCAUUGACCUUCCUUCUUCUUGCUCUUCUUGCAAUUUCUUGCUUUCUUGCUUCAUUUACGGACAGUGUGAAGUCAUCAGAUGGGGAAGUCUACUAUGGUUUUGCAACUUUUGAUGGGAUUUUUCUGUUUGAUUGCCCAGAUUCUGAAGCUUUAUUUGAUGGGAAAGAUUUGAGGAAGUAUAAGAUUAGGUUCAUUGAUGGGGUUCAUGCUGUUUUAUCUGUGUUGGUGUUUGUUGCUGUGGCUUUGAGAGAGAAAAAUGUGGUGAAUUGCUUUUAUCCUCUGCCUGAACAUAAGACUCAAGAGGUUUUGGAUGUAGUUCCAAUUGGGAUUGGGAUCAUGUGUAGCUUGUUGUUUGUUGUUUUCCCAACUAGAAGACAUGGGAUUGGUUACCCUGUUACUUCAGGCAAAUAAUUCUUCAACAAAUCCUUUCUACUCUGGUAUGAACAUUAAGCACAUAUCAAAAUUUCACUGUGAGACAUCAUGUAAUGCAAAUAUUGAUUUACUGGUGAAAAAAUGUUUUUUUUUUUUUUUUUUUAUUAUCCCCAGAAUUUGUGCUCCAUGAGCUGUUGCUUAAUUCAAAAUCAGACAUGGCUGAUUUUUUUAUUGAUAUAUUUGAUGAUGGGUUGCUUUUGCUGAAGAAUUGUUCUUUUUUAAAAAAAAAAAAUGUUUUAUUUAAGAAUGACAUGUUCUUAUUCUU